UGAUUCGCAGGGAGGGGCCUUUCCUCCUCCAAGAUGGCGCAGACUGUGAACAUCACCGAGCUGUCUCUGCCUCAGCUAGAGGGCCUGAAAAGUCAGCUGGACCAGGAAAUUGAGUUCCUGUCUUCAUCCAUUGCUCAGUUAAAAGUGGUGCAGACCAAGUUUGUAGAGGCUAAGGAAAGUCUGAAUGUUCUAAAUAAAAGUAAUGAAGGGAAACAAAUGCUUGUUCCUCUGACCAGUUCUAUGUAUGUGCCUGGAACACUUAGCAAUGUCUCUAAUGUGCUAGUAGAUGUGGGAACUGGAUACUAUGUAGAGAAGACUGCUGAAGAUGCCAAAGAUUUCUUUAAGAGGAAGAUUGACUUCCUUACAAAGCAAAUCGAGAAGAUUCAGCCAGCUCUACAGGAAAAGCAUGGCAUGAAACAAGCUGUCAUAGAGAUGAUGAGUAUAAAAAUCCAGCAAUUGACAGCGGCCCAGGCAGGGACAUCCAAGGCUUAGCCCAGUCUCCAGAGAGUGCCCUAACAGUCACCCCUCACAGCAGAUGCUGCACCAUCUUCCUGCAGUGAAGGCUGAUUCUUGGUAUCCCUGGCCUUGCCUACCAGUGCAGUAAACCGCGUCACUACAGCAGAUACCAGCCGAGCAUCGUCUCAGACUGUGUGACAACUCUCCUGCCUCCUCAGCCAAGGGAUUAUUUAUUAUUUUUCUUUCUUUUUUUGUUUUUAUUUGUGUCUGGGAAAUAUAAAUACAAUCACAUUUAUU